GUACAAAGAAUGGCUCUGGUAAAUGGUUCUUCAGUAACUGAAUUCAUUCUCUUGGGGUUAACAAACCAGCCUGACCUCCAAAUGCCCCUGUUCAUAAUUUUUCUAAUAUCAUAUAUGAUAACUGCAUUUGGAAAUUUGGCUUUGAUCAUUUUAAUUGUGUUAAACCCUCACCUUCACACACCCAUGUACUUUUUCCUCUUUAACUUGUCCUUCAUAGAUCUCUGUUAUUCAUCUUUGAUCACACCCAAAAUGCUAAUGAACUUCAUACUAGAGAAGAACAUUAUCUCUUAUAUGGGGUGCAUGACCCAAUUCUACUUCUUUGGUUUUUUUGCCAUUUCUGAAUGUUAUGUGCUGACAGCAAUGGCCUAUGAUCGCUAUGUGGCUAUUUGCAAUCCACUCUUGUAUAGUGCUGUCAUGUCUCCAAAGACAUGUUCCUAUCUAAUGCUUGGUUCAUACUUCAUGGGACUUUCUGGUGCCAUGAUCCACACUGGUUGUGUCCUGAGACUAACCUUCUGUGAUGCAAACACCAUCAAUCACUAUUUCUGUGAUCUUCUCCCUUUACUGCAGCUGUCUUGUACCAGUACUUAUGCUAAUGAGAUAGAGCUGUUCAUUGUGACAGGAAAAGAUAUCAUUGUGCCCACGGUCAUCAUCUUUACCUCUUAUGGCUUCAUCCUCUCCAGCAUCCUCAAAAUAAGAUCCACUGAAGGCAGGUCUAAAGCCUUCAGCACUUGCAGUUCCCAUAUAAUUGCAGUUUCUAUGUUCUUUGGAUCAAGUGCGUUUAUGUAUCUCAAACCCUCUUCAGCUGUAUCUCUGGGUGAGGCAAAGUUCUCUUCCAUAUUUUACAGUAUUGUGGUUCCCAUGAUGAACCCUUUAAUCUACAGCUUGAGGAACAAAGAUGUCAAAGUUGCCUUGAAAAAAACCCUGAACAGAAUGUUUAGUCACAACCUACUGUUCUUAUAG